AUGGGCAGCAUCGGCAAGACCACACUCGCUCAACUUCUCUACAACAAUGACCAAGUGAAGGAACACUUCAACUUGAAAGCAUGGGUCUGUGUUUCCACUGAGUUUCUUCUUCUCGAGUUUCUUCUUCUCGAGGUAACCAAAUCAUUUCUUACGGCCAUCGGUUGUAGACAUACAAAAGAUGAUAGCCUAGAUUUGCUUCAGCGUCAACCCAAAGAGAGCCUUGUUAACAAGAAUUUUCUGCUUGUUCUCGACGACGUCUGGGAUGUGGAGUCCUUUGAUUGGGAAAGUUGGGGUAGCCUACGAACUCCGCUCCGGGGUGCAGCACAGGGAAGCAAGAUUCUUGUCACCAGUCGUGAUGAAUCUGUUGCAAAAACUAUGCGUGCAGUCUGCACUCAUCCUCUGGGAGAACUAAACCCUCUGCAUUGUUGGAGCCUAUUUGAAAGCUUGCAUUUCAAGAUAGAGACUCCAACGCACGCCUUGAGCUUGAACCCAUAG